UAAAUUACAAUAACAUCUUUUUAUUAAUUGAGCUGGUUAAGCAAAUAAUUAAAUGGUGUGUAACAAUCAGACACACACACACACACACACACACACAAACACACACAGACAAACACACACACACAAACACAGACACACACACACAAACACACACACACACACACACACACACACACACACACACAAACACACACAAACACACACAUACACACAAACACACACACACAAACACACACACACACACACACACACACUGCAACACACUCACAGUUUCUGCAGUAUCUAGUUUUUUAUGUGCUCACAUUUUUAUGCAACAUUUCCUUUUUUGAAAUUCAUAGGUCAUGGGGGGUGAAAACUUUUGCAUGCAUGAAUUAACUGUCAUUUUAAGCAGUAUGUUUAUAAACACUUCUCUUUAAGCGGUGGAGUGUUGAAUGACUAAUCUCCUCCACCCCCUUUGUGAUUGGACGGUAGCCAAGUAUCCUUUCACUCAUUGGAUGAAGAAGCACAGGGGGUGGUACAUUCCCAGGCUUCACAAGAGUGUGUGUGUGUGUGAGAGAGAGAGAGAGAGAGAGAGAGAGAGAGAGCGUGUGUGUGUGUGUGUGUGUGUGUGUGUGUGUGUGUGUUUAUGUGUGUGAGUGCACUUAUUCCACCGGAAGCCAGCCAAGAUCCUCCCGUUCCUUCCUGCUCUCGCAGACAUGUUCUUGUUUUCCGGACUAAACCCCCAGCUCACUGCAGCAGAUAUAACAGCAGAAAUACAGAGGAAAUGAAACGCGCUCUGUGAUUGGCUGAGAAGGAGCCGAGCCAUACCACUUCCUACAUCUUUCCCAGGACCUUCGGCACGAGGUGUCACGGUCUGGACAAAGCCAGCGAGAUCAGACAUUGGACUGAGGAUCUGAGGAUGAGAGGAACACUGACACACCUCAUAUCCAUCCCCGAGGCUUUGAAUAAGCACUACACAGCAUGUUUCCUGUAAUCUCGCUGGCUCUCAGACGAAGAGCCCUGAAAUGCCGGGAAAGUCGACGCGCCGUAGCUACCGUCAUCUCCGGCAGCAAGCUCUCACAACAUGUGACCGAGCGUCUGAAAAAGGACGUCGCCGAGAUGAACCGUCAGCUUCCGGGCUUUAGACCGGGCCUGGUGGUGCUACAAGUUGGGGACAGAGACGACUCCAAUCUUUACAUCAGUAUGAAGUUAAAGGCAGCAGCUAGAAUUGGAAUUAAUGCCAACCACAUCAGGCUCCCUAAGACCGCUACGCAAGACGAGGUGCUGCAGAGUAUACAGCUGUUUAACGAGGACCCAGAUGUUCACGGGCUCAUCGUACAGCUACCUCUGGACUCCAUCCAUCCCAUGAACACGGAGAAAGUGACCAACGCGGUGGAUCCAGACAAGGACGUGGACGGUCUGUGCAGUGUCAAUGCAGGGAAACUGGCUCGAGGUGAUCUGCAGAGCUGCUUCAUCCCCUGCACACCUAACGGCUGUAUGGAGCUCCUCAAACACACGGGUGUUUCGGUAUCAGGCAAGAACGCCGUGGUGAUCGGACGCAGUAAGAUCGUCGGAGCUCCGAUGCACGACCUCCUCCUGUGGAACCACGCCACCGUCACCUGCUGUCACUCCAAAACUCCAGACCUUCCAGCAGAAGUGAAGAAGGCGGACAUCCUGGUGGUGGGCACCAGGAAAGCCGAGAUGGUGAAAGGCGAGUGGAUAAAAGACGGCGCGGUGGUCAUCGACGUCGGCAUUAAUUACAUCCCAGACAGUAGCAGAGCAUCAGGUAUGCGGGUGGUGGGCGACGUUCACUAUCCAUCAGCUCAGGAGCGGGCGGGGUUCAUCACCCCGGUCCCUGGAGGAGUGGGACCCAUGACGGUCGCCAUGCUGAUGGAGAAUACAGUCAAGAGUGCUGAGAGGUUUCUGCAGACGUACAGGCCUGGGAAAUGGAGCGUGACGUACACAAAGCUGAAGCCACAGAAACCUCAGCCAAGUGAUGCCCGAAUCUCUCAGUGCGCCACACGGAAGCCCAUUCAUCAGCUGGCUAAGGAAAUAGGGCUGUUCUCUAAGGAAAUCGAGGUGUACGGCCGGGGCAGGGUGAGGGUGAGCCUGGACGUCCUGAAACGACUCGACAAACAGCCUGACGGGAAAUAUGUGGCAGUCACUGGAUUAACGUCUUCUCCACUAACCGAAGGUCGAAGCAUCGUCACUCUGGGGUUAGCACAAGCUUUAGGGGGACAUUUAAAGGUCAAUGCUUUUGCCUGCGUUAGACAACCGUCUCUACAUCACUGUUUAGGUGUCAGAGGAGCUGCUGUUGGAGGCGGAUAUUCUCAGAUCUCCAUAGAGGAGGCCAGGUCCCUGUUCACAGGAGACUCUGAGGCUGUUUUGGCAUUCAGUGGCCUCAUCACAGACACCAUCACAGCGUACUGUCACUACCAGGCCAAGCUCUCUGACCAGGCUCUUUUUGACCUCUUGGUCCCAGUCAGAGAUGAUCAUCGCGCCUUCUCAUCAUCCCAGCUCAAAAGGCUGCAGAGACUCGGCGUUGAGAAAUCCGACCCCUCGGCCCUGACCCAGGAUGAGAUAAGACGCUUGGUCCGGUUGGACAUUAGCCCAGACGUGAGGACGGACCGCGCGUCUCUGGAUGGCGAGAUCAUGGCCGUCGUGUCUCUGAGCAGGAGUGUAGAGGAUCUGCAGGACAGACUGGCUCGCAUGGUGGUGGCUCACAGCACAUCUGGAGAGCCUAUUAUUACAGAGGACCUGGGUAUUAGCGGUGUUGCAGGUGUGCUGUUGAAGGAAUCUCUGAAGCCGUGUUUGAUGCAGACGUUGGAGGGAACUCCUGUCUUUCUUCACAUCAGUCCAUUAGCUGAUGCCGCUUGGGGCAGUCCAUCCAUCACGGCAGACAAAAUGGCUCUAAAAUUGGUCGGGCCUCAGGGUUUUGUGGUCGCCGAGACGCCUCACUGUGAGAACUUCUUCAGCAUCACGUGCCGCUCCUCAGGCCUGCGACCACACGUGCUGGUGUUCGUGACUUCUGUACGAACCCUGAAGAUGUGCGGCGGCGGCCCGCGGGUCACAGCAGGCUUCCCUUUACCUGAACAGUAUUCAAAACAGAACGUGGAGCUGCUGGAGAACGGCUGCGCUCACCUGAAGAGGCGGUUAGAGACGGCCAGGGCGUACGGGGUACCCGUUGUUCUGGCUGUAAACACCUUCAGUUGUGACUCAGAGGCUGAGGUGGAGAUGGUGUGUGAUCAGGCGAGGAGGUUCGGAGCGGUCGAGGCUGUGCAGUGCAGUAGUUGGUCUGAAGGGGGCGCUGGAGCGCUGGAGCUGGCACGCAGUGUUCAGAGAGCGGCCGAGAUCCAGAGCAUGCUUCACUUCCCCUAUGAGCUGCAGAUGCCUGUGAUUGAUAAGAUGAAGAAAGCAGCCUGGCAGAUGUGUGGUGCUGAGGAUGUGGAGCUGUCAGCUAAAGCUAAAGAGAAGCUUGAACUUUAUAUAAAACAGGGUUUUGGACAUUACCCAGUGUGCAUCAGUGAGAGUCGCAUAUGCAUGAGGAAUGACGCUGGAGUGAAGGUGGUGCCCAUUUCAGAUAUCCAGGCCUACGCAGGAGCGGGGUUUCUCCGCUUUGUGCCAGACAUGACAAACCGUCGUGAAGAUCCGACCUGGCCCCGUUUGCUUGUCGACGGUCACCUCGAGAGUCCUGUGUUUUAGGAUUGAGUUCCAGCUCCGCAGAAAAGCAGGUCACGUUCCGAGAAGCUUCUCAAAAAUGUUUCUGUGCAUUAUCCGACCUGUCCAUCAGGAGACGCAGCUGCAGCUCGGAGUGUGUGUGUGUGUGUGUGUGUGUGUGUGUUUAAUAAUAUCACUAAAGCACAGAAAUACAUCCUGCUGUGGUUUAUACGCCAAAUACUACAGCUGUGUGACUUUACUAUUACAGCGUAUUUUCUUUAUUUAUCAAUCAGUAUUUUUCUAUUUUCAGAAGUCAUUAACAUCAGACAAAUUGUGUUAAAACGUCUUGGAGCUACUCUACACCGAGUGGAGAGGUGAUAAAAAGAAAGAAAAAAAAAGAUUCCUACUCAUUUUUGAUUUAGAAUCCGUGAUGCGUUCCGACGGAACUGUUGUAUAACACAGUAACACAGUUGUAGUUGUAUAAAACUGCACAAACCUGCAUAAAAAUGUAUUAAUACCAUAUUCACACAGGAAUUUUAUCAUUCAUGGACACUUUUACAUUUAUAUAAACGCACCCUAAGAACUGGUCUUAAAUGAACAGUUCUAAAAAUGACCUAGAUUAUAAGAAUAUACUUACCUUUGGAACGACAUCAUUUACACUACACGCUCUCGCGGUGUAUCGGCUUUAUAUCGGGUACGUUCAUGUUCGGCUGAUUUAUACCAAAUACAUGUACAUUAUCUGUGUUGUGUCCAAUUCCACAGCACUUUUGAAUUCUUGAUUCUGAUUGGUCAGAAGGCGUUGCUUCAUUUUUCAAUAACCGCAGGUUUAUAUUAAAGGGGUCGUAUGAUGCUUUUUAAUGCUUUCUUUCUCCUUUAGCGUGUAAUGUAUGUGUAUAAGAUCUGCAUCGUUAAAAAGCUCAUAUUUAACCCAAAGGGAUUUAUUCUAUCUAACAGAGAACACUGCUCCAGUCCAUGCCCGAAACGCCUCGUUCCAAAUCCAGAUAUUACUUCCACAAACGUCUAUGUUACUAUUUGCAAUAUCAGCAUAGUCCUGCCCAAAGGCAGCCAUGAAGAAAGAAGAGGCAGGGCUUCAGUGAAUUCAGGCGCCGUGUCACGGAGACGCUGUGUGUUUCAGUGCGAAAGCAAAACCUCUUCGUUUUACUUUCUGAAAACGGACGAAAUUAGGAAUCGGUGGUUACUGUUGAUUUAUAACGCUGUUCCUGAGCUGUACGACCCGAACGUUUGCGUGUGCACAGCGCAUUUUACAGAGGACAGCUUCCUGAACCUGGCCGAGUACAACGCAGGCUACACACGAAGGCUACUCCUGAAAAAUGGGGCGGUUCCCACUUUGCUCGGGCAAUCUUGAGCUUCUGAAUCAGAACCUGUGAGUUUUGUGUUGUGUAGACCUCUGCUAACGUGCUAGCUAAAGUUUGCUAAGUUACCUCGGUUUUUUAUGUUUGUUUGUAUGUUGGUGGUCUGACACAGACGUUGAUUGUAGCUGCUGUUGCGAUUGUAUCUUGAAACGGUUUAUAUCAAUCAAAUCACAAGAAUCCCAGCUUUCCAAAGAUAUAUCGCAUGAGUACCUACGUACACACAGUAGCUGUGUACAGCAUAGUUAGUCCCGCCGGGGGGGGUCAGAAUAUACAUCGUAUCUGAAAGGUGAGAGAAUUACAAAAUAAAAACUUACCGCUGUGAAACGUUCUGCUCAAGCCGUGUUUGCAAAUACGGUCGAUCAUCCGCAUUUUCUGAAUCGGACUCGGGCUCGAACUGAUACGGUAAACCCGACGACAUGUUGCUUUGGAGCUUAGAAUCGCUUUAGAAGCUUUGGAGGCUGAAGUUAGCCCAAGGGGCGUUACAUUUCCGACACACGCUUGAGGUUUUUGGCCAAUCACAAAGCAACGGGUCAGCUGGCCAAUCAGAGCACUCUGGGCUUUUCGGAAGGUGGGACUUUGUAGAAAUCGGAGCGUUUCAGGCAGCAUGGGAAUAGAGGAACUGCAAUACUGUACAGUAUGAGUCAAAUAAUGUGUUUUUUGAACAUUAAAGCACGUUAACCUAUUCUAUUACACCCAAUAAACAACAUCAUUAACGUUUAAAAAACGUUUAAAAAUCAUGAUAUGACCCCUUUAAUGUGUGUGUUCUCAUACAUUAUAGUAACGGUUCAUUCACAGAGACUUCUACACUCCAUGUAAACGGAUUUUCCAAAAAAAAAAAAAAAAAGGAAUCGUUGAUAUGGAGAAGUUUUCUUCAAGUAAGGAGACAUGUAUGAAGGAGUCUCCAGUGUCAGCACUUUGUAACAGUUAGAGGUAAAGCUGUAACUUGAAGUUUUCAGGACAGUGGUGUUUAUGCUCUUUGUGCUUUCUUGGUAACAUGACAAGCUGCGUUUUGUUGUUGUUAUUGUUGUUGUUGUUGUUGUCUUAUUAACUUCAAGAUGCAAAAAAGAAGCUGGUGAGUGGAUGGCUGCUAUAAUGUGAGUGAAAACAGAAAUGAACUUAUAACUUAAACUUAAUGUAACUAUAAAUGGUUAAAAAAUUAUGACGUUAUUUAAUAAAUAAAAUAUUGUAAUCAUUGGCA